CGCGUGAAUGGGACAUACUGAGGGAAAGCUGUGACGCCAAGAUGAGUGGCGAGCAGAACCCAGCCAGCAAGCCCACGCCGGUGCAGGACAUUCAGGGCGAUGGACGCUGGAUGUCCCUGCACCAUCGGUUCGUGGCUGACAGCAAAGAUAAAGAACCCGAAGUCGUCUUCAUCGGGGACUCCUUGGUCCAGCUAAUGCAUCAGUGCGAGGUGAGGCCGAUCUCCCUCCUCCUGCCCCACCCAGGCCUGCCCUCACUGACUCACCUGGACCAGACCUCAGGCCAAGCGGUGUAUGGGGUCCCCGAAAUAACCUCAGGUAGCUCUCAGCACCCAGAAUUUCAGUGUAAGAUUGUGGUGGUCUGGGUGGGUACGAACAACCAUGGGCACACAGCAGAGCAGGUGGCUGGCGGCAUCAAGGCCAUCGUGCAACUGGUGAAUCAGCGGCAGCCCCAGGCCCGGGUCGUGGUGCUGGGCCUGCUUCCGAGGGGCCAGCACCCUAACCCACUUCGUGAGAAAAACCGGCGGGUGAACGAGCUGGUACGGGCAGCAUUGGCUGGCUACCCACGGGCCCAUUUCCUGGAUGCUGACCCUGGCUUCGUGCACUCAGAUGGUACCAUCAGCCACCAUGACAUGUAUGAUUACCUGCACCUGAGCCGCCUAGGCUAUACACCUGUCUGCCGAGCCCUCCAUUCCCUGCUUCUCCGCCUGCUGGCCCAAGACCAGGGUCAGGGUGGCCCUCUGCCAGAGCCCACACUCUAACAUCUGCUUUCCUGCAACAUUAAAUUCUUAUUCUUCAGUCUC